ACAUUUUUCUCGCUCCGCUCCCCCGUUUCAUGCCCAUUCAGGCGAUGCGAUAGGGGUAUAAUAGAAGGGGAGGGUGUGGAAGUGAAGUGAAGGGUAAGUUGAGUUGAGGGUGGGAUGAAUGAAGAGUGAGUGAGGGUCGGAAGAGUUGCCGUCAUUUCCAUCUGCAAUCCAAACCAUUCCCGGCCCUGACCUCACUUACUCACUUUAAACACCGUCCCUUCUUCUACCCUUCACUUGCUUUCUCCGCUUGGCUCUCCCUUCUCGACUACCUUCCUCCUCCACUUCAAAUCGACCACUCUUUUCGCUUCAACUCCUUCUCCUUCUUCUUCGUCCGCGCCGAGUUGUUCACCGGCGAUGCUUCCUUAUCUUUCAUACUAAGAACGACAUCCUCCGUUUCGGCUUUCCUCCGUUCGCCGCAACCGCAUCCGCAACCGCAACCGCAAUCAUGGCGCGCGACACUUAUCACAAGCGAUCACUGGGCACUCUCUCCCGACGUAUCAAAGAGUCGCGUGUGCUCCUCGUCGGCGCUGGCGGCAUUGGCUGCGAGCUACUGAAGAACCUCCUCCUCUCCGGCUUUGGCGAAAUCCACAUCAUUGAUCUCGAUACAAUCGAUCUUAGCAACUUGAACCGUCAGUUCCUUUUCCGUUUCGAACACAUCAAGAAAUCCAAAGCACUGGUUGCAAAGGAGGUCGCACACAAAUUCCAACCAAGUGCCAAGCUCGAAGCCUACCAUGCCAAUAUCAAAGACAGCCAAUUCAACGUGGACUGGUUUGCCACUUUCGACGUCGUUUUCAAUGCGCUAGACAACCUCGAGGCUCGUCGUCAUGUGAAUCGCAUGUGCUUGGCAGCAAACGUGCCGUUGAUCGAGAGUGGAACAACUGGAUUCAACGGUCAAGUGCAAGUCAUUAAGAAGGGCUUGACCGAGUGCUACGACUGCACUCCGAAAGAGGUUCCGAAGUCCUUCCCCGUUUGUACCAUUCGCAGUACCCCCAGCCAACCGAUUCACUGCAUUGUCUGGGCCAAGAGCUACCUCUUACCGGAGUUGUUCGGUAUCAGCGAGGAGGAUUCUAGUGAGUUUGAUCAUUCAGAAGAUGCAGAGAACUCUGCGGAGAUCGAAAAUCUUCGCCGGGAAGCACAGGCUCUCAAGGAGAUUCGCCAAUCGAUGGGCUCUGAUGAGUUCGCCAAGAAGGUCUUUGACAAGGUUUUCACUGAGGAUAUCGAGCGCCUACGUGGAAUGGACGAUAUGUGGAAGAACCGCGAGCCGCCAGAGCCUCUGAAUUAUGAAAAACUCAACGAGGAGUCGGCUGACGUUUCGACCACGGUCUCAAGCAAUGACCAAAAGGUCUGGUCUACAGCUGAAGACUUUGCCGUCUUCAAGGACAGCUUGGAUCGAUUAAGCAAGCGCCUCAAGACGUUGCAAGAGGCUACAAAGAGCGACGUUAAGCCGAUCCUGGUGUUUGACAAGGACGACGAUGAUACGUUAGACUUUGUCACAGCAACAGCAAACCUGCGUGCGAAGAUCUUCAGAAUCGACCCUAAGUCCAAGUUCGAUACCAAGCAAAUGGCAGGUAACAUCAUUCCCGCAAUCGCCACAACAAAUGCCAUGACCGCUGGUCUGUGUGUGCUGCAAGCCUUCAAGGUAAUGAAAGGCGAAUACAACCAAGCGAAGAUGGUUUUUCUUGAGCGGUCGGGUGCGCGGGCCAUCAACUCCGAUUCUUUACAACCUCCCAACCCGAAUUGCCCGAUCUGCUCAGUCGCACAUGCUCGUCUCAAGAUCGACCCUAAGCGUGCAACUGUCAACGACCUAGUUGAACAGGUUCUUCGCCUGCAACUGGGAUACGGCGAAGAGUUCUCGCUCACAACGGAGUCCGGUAUCAUCUACGACCCUGACCUGGAGGAUAACCUGCCAAAGAAACUGUUGGACCUGGGCGUGAAGAAUGAGAGCUUCAUUACCGUCAUUGACGAUGACGACGAGCCACGCGUCAAUCUCGAGCUCGUGGUGCUAGCAGCCGAGCCUCCCGACCAGAACGGCGCGAGCGACAAGCCGCAACCUAUUUCUAUCGAAACCAUUCCCGACAUUCCGCGGAAACCAAAGACACCGACUCCCGCAGUCCCCGAGCAGGUCAAUGGCGUGCCGUCGGAUCCAUCAGUCGCAAAGCGGAAGCGUAGCGCGGACGAAGCAGGGCUGAGCAAUGGAGACGACCGCGCCAAGCGGGUGGCCGGCAUCUCCGAAGCCAACGGGGACGGGGCAAAUCCUAUCGUUCUAGACGAGGGAACCGGUGGUGCAAUUCUGAUUGAUGAUGAUUGAACGAUACCAGAUAUGUCGGCCAUUUAAGGCAUUCUCUGUUCUGCCAUCUGUCUGCCAUAUCACAUCGCACGGUAAUGUGUUUCCUUUUGAACUUAGACUACUGGCGCUCGAUUGGCAUGAUGUGUCUCCACUUCGAUGCAUGUACCACUAUCUUCUGCCUUGACCUAUCUGGAU